AUGGCAUCUGCUGGCGGGUCUUAUUGGGGAGCCCAGGGCUCCCAAUCCCAAGGUUCAUCCCAGGGAUCUGCACAAUCUGUCAAUGGGAUGUAUCAAGCUGGCAAUUCGGCUAAUGCUGGGACUGCUGGAGCUGCUGGAACAGCUGGUACUGCGGGUACUGGUGGUAGUGCUGGCACUGCUGGCGCUGGCGCUGGUACUGAUGCCGGGACCAGCGGAACCAAUGGUGCCACUGAAGGCAGUGCAGGCACCGGAGGCACCGCAGGUACUUCAGGCACAGGCACAGGCACUUCAGGCAGCGGAUCACAGUACGCUGGAUCUACUAGCCAGUCUAACGGACAGGCUGGCACAGGACAGCAAGCCAGUACCAACCAGGUCUCGGGGUCCCAAGCCCAAGGUACAGCACAAGGCACAGGACAAGGCUCCGGACAAGGCUCCGGACAAUCGUCCAGCGGAGCGUACUAUGGUACUGGCUCAACAGGUAGUACACAGAGCCAAACCAAUGGACAAAGCCAGUGGAGCGGCCAGGGACAAACCAGUCAAGGACAGACCGUUCAAGGACAACAAGAGAGCCAGGCGAACACGCAGCCCGCUGCACAGAAUAGUAACUGGAACGCCAACUCAAACUCAAAUGCACUCAACUCCGGCUCUCAGAGUUCAUCACAGUCUGGAUACGACGAUGGGAUGUGGCAUGGCAACGAGCAAUCAACAUCCGGUCAGAACCAGAAGUCGCAAACAAACAAGGACACAAAUGCACUCAACCAAGGGUCAACAGAGUCAAAAGACUCGACAGACUCGACAGACUCGAAAGACUCGACGAACUCAGCAAACUCAGCAAACUCAGCAGACUCCAAAGACUCGACAGACUCAACAGACUCGAAAGCCUCAACAGACUCGACCAAGCCUGAAAAAGACCAAAUGAACGACGGAAAAUGGCAUCCCGAGCUCUGGUCUGAGUCCGCUACAGACACAAGUUCCACCACGAAGUCCACCAACUCGCCGUCAUCCACGCACUCUGAUCUGCCCUCCACUGAAUCACCCGCCUUGCCAUCCUCCGGCUCCCACAGGCUCUCGCCCGGUGCCGAAGCCGGGAUAGCUGUUGGUGUCAUGAGCCUGGUCCUGCUCCUGCUGGGCCUGAUCUUCUACCGUCUGCACCGCAAGAAGCGAGCCCUGCAGAUGGCCGUCCGCAGCGAGAGAAACCUCCCACCCCUCGAGAAGCAAAACCACAUGUACAACCUCGCCUCAAACCUCUACACGAAAAGCAGCUUGACUCUAGUCGGAAUGUCGGACACCUUCAAGGGCCGCGGCAACAACAGCGACGGCUCCCUCGAGCAUCAGCAUCAGCAUAAACACCCCAGCCACAACUACAACACGAACAGACUGUCCAUCCACGACGGUCCUGCGGCCGCCAACGAAAGCACCAGCACCUUCAACUCUGCCAUAACGCAACUGCCUCCUCCUGUGCUGCUCACGGGCCAGACGCAUCCCGCACUGCGGAGGCCGACAUGGAAAGCCCGCAGCCAGCACGCCCUAUCCCCCUUCACUGCGACUGCGAGCUACGCCGUCAACAAGGUCAAGGCCCUGCGCCAGAAAGAGCUCUCUCCUGCCCAGAGACGCAGCCUGCAGGCGCACGAGUACGGCUUCUCGGAGGAAUUCCUGCACAUCCCGCCACCACCGGAGCCUACGCGUCGUCUACCAAGAGUUCUGUCCAAGGUGCAAGAAAACGGAUCCCUGACCGUGCGUGCUGUGACGCAGAAGCUCAACCGCUCUCAGACAUCGCUUGCUCGAUCCCAGCAGCCGCAAGUUGAUUACCAGGCCCAUGUCCAGGAGCACCCGCAGGCACACAUGCAGCCCCCGCCGCCUGCUCAGGUCCAGGAGUACAGUCACUGCCAGUGUGGUGCCCAAAUCCCGGUGCAGCCACAGACACAGACGCAGUACCAGGCCUAUAUUCAACCCCAGGCUCCAGCCCCAGUCCAACCUCAAGCCCAACCCCAAGCUCAACCUCAGCCAGCGCCUCAACCUCAGCCCCAGCCCCAACGUCAAACUGAAAAGGCCAACAAUGGACUCUCAUCCUGGGGCACGAUGAACAGCCUCAACAGCGUCUCCGAAUCGAGCGAAGAGCACCGGGAAGGGGAUACUAGCUUCCCGUCUCCCUGCGAGAUGAUCGGUGAAGAGCUUUUCAAGGUUCGCAGUGUAUCGUCUGGCACGGUGGCCAUGAACAACCCAGCGGCGAACAUCAGCGUCGAUGCCCUUGCUGGCCGUAUCUCAGGUGAAAAUGAGCAGCCUGAGCGAUCCAAGUCGUCGAAAUCGGCCAAAUCAGCCAAAUCGACCCAAUCCCAGUCCCAAUCGCAACAGCCCCAACACGCGCGGUCACCACCGCAAUCAAAACCGCCAUCACCGUCGCUGCCCACUCAACCCUCUCUGGCCGAACAGCCGGCUCAAGCAGAAGUCCCCUCAAUCAAGCCGUGGAGCGUGCACGUGUACCGCGUCGACAUGCCCUUUGCGGCGCGCAGCACCGGCCAUCUCGAAGUCAGCGAGGGAAUGAUGGUGCGUCUGGACCAGGCAUUCGAUGACGGAUGGGCCCUCUGCACAGUUGCCCAAACCGACCAGCGCGGGCUCAUCCCCCGAGCGUGCCUGUCCACAUGGCCUCUCAAAGAGCGCCGCAACUACGCCACCAGCGUGAAUGACCCUCACAUCCGCAACGCCAGUAGUGCUAGUCUUCCUAUUUCCCCCGUCGACUCGAUCGCGGCCCAGUCCUUCCGAUUCUAUCGGCAGGCGUCUUCGCGGCCGGGAACGCCCAAGGAAGGAGUGAUUUCUCCUACUUCGUCGACGAGGUCUGGUUCUGGCUCUGGCUCUGGCUCAUAG